UAUUUGUUAAUCUCAAAAUUCUUAAAGAUGUAUCAAGAGUUUUAUUAAUCAAGUGUAAAUUUAAACAAAUGCCAAUCCUAUUUUCAUAAGCCUGUACCCUACCUUUCUAAUUUUUAUUCAGAAUAGUUCUUAGAUAUUAAAUACAUUUAGUGAAUAGAUAAUAAGUGUUUAACAAUUCCUGUAUAGAUCAGCUGAAAAUUGCUGAAAAACAUGCAAAAGAAAAUCUAAUUUUCAUUUAUGUAAUUAAACAGUUGCUAUGAAAGGUUAAGAACUCUGAUCAGUUGUGGCCUGUGAUCUGACUGAAUUGUGAACCAUGGAGCACGACUACUCGGUUGACGUUACUGUAAUGCCAAGCAGUAUGUCAACAGUUCAGUUCUGCAUGAUAUGCCUGGGUACUGACAGCAAACUAUACCCUGCCAGCAAAUAUUACUUGGAUGUGGAAUUUAAUUGUCUCACUGGAAUUUCAUUGCAGGAAGAAAUGAGAUUUGUGCCACAGUUCUGCACAGAGUGUGCACAGAGACUGGUGAACUGUGGCAAGUUCAGGGAGAAGAGUCUGAGAGGUUAUCAUUUGCUGUCACAGUUACUUGAGAGCCAAGAGUCGUUAACAAUCAAGAAUCUUAAAUCUAUAAGUCGAGCUGACAACAAUUUAGUGUCAGAUAUUGUCACUAAAAUAUCUGAACCAAACCAUUGGGACCUAAAAUUGGUUCACAACAAAAUAUCCAUAAAGGGAGAAACCGACGAAUCAGACAAUGAAUCAGUUAAAUACGUAGGUGGCAAUUUUCAAAAAUCUAAUAACAAAAAUUGUGAUGAUGACAUUUUUAUCAAAUCUGGAGAUAAAAUUAAAGAUGUUCUAAAUAAGGAUAUUUAUGAUAUGGAUAAUUCUAGUGAUGAUGGGGUUUUUUAUAAUUAUUUGAACAGCGAUGUGGAAUAUUUAGAAGACGACAUGGAUGAUGUGGUGAGAGCUUUAGCGAGAGAUACUAAGGUAGAUAGACUUACAAAUAACAGAAAUGGCACUAGAACAAAUGAUGAUUAUGCAGAGUACAUAUAUAUUGAUGAUGAUGGAAAUACUGAUGAGAAUUUUGUGGAAAAAGAUGAUUGUAGCACAUUAUUCGACAAACUGAAACACAGUGCAGAUGGUAAAUGUAAUUUCGAUGACACAAGGGAUAUGAAUGGUGUCUUUUUGAAUGGUCCAGAAAUUAAUAAAAGGAAACGAAUUAAAGGUGCAUUUUAUGAAAGAAGUACAGGAAAAAGAGUUGUCUUUUUGAAUGAUAAAUUGGAUUUUGAAAAGGACAGCGAUGGGUAUAGUGAAAAGGGAAACAAAGUUUUUCCAGUUAAAAGUGAAUCAUACCUGUCAUACAAAAAAGAAGAUGAGAAAUACAUGUGUCCACACUGCGGCGAUGAGUUCAGGCAGAAGACCUCCUACAUGAACCACACAUGCAGUCGUACCAUCAAGGACAAGGUGUGCCCGUUCUGUGGCUUCUCCUUCAUCGGAGACAAGGGCCUGAAGAUGCACCUGGUGAAGAAGCACCAAAUAACUCCACCUGUUGAUGCAGAGAAGCUGAACGGUCCGACGUGCGGGGAGUGCGACAUUCGCUUCGAGACCGCCGCCGCGUACGCACGUCACAUGAGCGUGUCGCCCAAACAUGGCGACGCGGAUGCAGUGCGACUCAUCAAGGUCUCGCAGAUGAGGGCUAUCAGACGCCCCCGGGGAUACGGCGCCCUGGAUUGUGAACAUUGCGGCGUCAGUCUGUCAACUGUCCGCGAGUACUCGAAGCACACCAAGAAGUGCGUCACAGCAGGGGACUGCGCCAACUGCAGGCAGGGCUCCGCCCCACGCUCGCCUGCCAUUUGCGAACAUUGUGGGAAAGCUUUCAAGAACGAACACGAGCUGAAAGACCACGUGGGCUCGCACUCCGGCAUCAAGCCGUACAAGUGCAACAUUUGCCAGAAGCGGUUCGCGUUCAGGGUGAACCUGACGCGCCACCGCCACCUGCACCUGGAGACGCGCCCGCGCUACCAGUGCGUGCAGUGCGGGCAGGAGUUCGCGCACAAGCAGAACACGUGGCGGCACAUGCUGUCUCACCACAGCACCGCACCGCAGCUGUACAAAUGCGAAGUUUGCGGGAAGAUGCUCACGACCGCCAAGUCCAAGCUCCAGCACAUACAGCACGUGCACGAGGGGCUGCCGUGGCCCAAGCGAGUGCGUCCGCCGCGCGCCGCGCCCGCCGCCUGCAAGCGGCUAGUGCGGCACACCAGGCUGAUCAACGCGGCCGUCUCCGACACACCGUAGUGCGUCCGCCGCGCUGUGAACAUAGUGCGUCCGCUUCACUGACAUCAUAGUGCGUCCGCUUCACUGACAUCAUAGUGCGUCCGCCGCCUGCAAGCGGCUAGUGCGGCACACCAGGCUGAUCAACGCGGCCGUCUCCGAGACACCGUAGUGCGUCCGCCGCGCUGUGAACAUAGUGCGUCCGCUUCACUGACAUCAUAGUGCGUCCGCUUCACUGACAUCAUAGUGCGUCCGCCGCCUGCAAGCGGCUAGUGCGGCACACCAGGCUGAUCAACGCGGCCGUCUCCGAGACACCGUAGUGCGUCCGCCGCGCAGUGAACAUAGUGCGUCCGCUUUACUGACAUCACAGUGCGCCCGCCGCCUGCAAGCGGCUAGUGCGGCACACCAGGCUGAUCAACGCGGCCGUCUCCGAGACACCGUAGUGCGUCCGCCGCGCAGUGAUCAUAGUGCGUCCGCUUUACUGACAUCACAGUGCGCCCGCCGCCUGCAAGCGGCUAGUGCGGCACACCAGGCUGAUCAACGCGGCCGUCUCCGAGACACCGUAGUGCGUCCGCCGCGCAGUGAACAUAGUGCGUCCGCUUCACUGACGUCAUAGUGCGCCCGCCGCCUGCAAGCGGCUAGUGCGGCACACCAGGCUUAUCAACGCGGCCGUCUCCGAGACACCAUAGUGCGUCCGCCGCGCUGUGAACAUAGUGCGUCCGCUUCACUGACAUCAUAGUGCGUCCGCCGCCUGCAAGCGGCUAGUGCGGCACACCAAGCAGAUAAAUGCGUCCGUUUCUGAGACACUGUAAUGUCAGAACAUAGUGCUUCCGUCUCAGAGUGUACAUAGUGCGUCCAUUUCUACGACACCAUAGUGCGUCCGACGCAGACUGGACCCGUCUCGUCCAAGUGGCUAGUGCGGCACACGAAGCAGAUAAACGCUUCCGUCUCCGAGACACCAUAAUGGGUUAUGCAUCCGUAUCGAAGACACCAUAGAUCGUCCCAAUUUGAGAGACCAUAGUGAUGGUUAUGUAUAUUAAUUAUUUUGACGGCCUCCGUGGCGCGGUGGAUUUACAAGACGAAAGUCCUGGGUUCGAUCCCCGGCUGGGCAGAUUGAGGUUUCCUUAAUUGGUCCAGGUCUGGCUGGUGGGAGGCUUCGGCCGUAGCUAGUACCUACCGACAAAGACGUACCGCCAAGAGAUUUAGCGUUCCGGUACGAUGUCGUGUAGAAAGCGAAAGAGGUGUGGAUUUUCACCCUCCUCCUAACAUGUUAUCCAGCUUUCAUCUUACACAUCAUCACUUACCAUUGGGUGAGAUUUUAGUCAAGGGCUAAUUUGUAAAUAAUAAAAAUAAUAUAUUGUACUUAUUGUAUUUUAAAAACAUAGUUCUUCUAUUUAUAUUUUAAUUUAGUUAUUAAUACUUAAAGUUAUUGACAGUUAAAUAAAAGAAUGUUAUUAAAAAUAUAAGAGGUUUUAUUUCUUUUUCAAUCCAGUUCCUAAACAGUUUUGAACACAACAAAGUAAUGUUACUUUAUGUAAAAUGAUGAUGUUAGAUGAUUGCAAAAACGAAAAUACGAUGAAAAACGACGUAGUGACUGAUUACUUGAAUGGUACACCGAG